AUGCAAAGCGAGGUCCACCUGAUCAAGGAUGUGGAGGCCCAGAUUCAUGAUGAAAAGGAGACGGAGCGCAACCGGACUACCAUCCGCGAUGCCAUCCCCCAGGAGAUCGAUGGAACGGGUGGAGCGACACAUUUAAAGCGCCUCCAGACGAAGAAGCACCUCCGAGACCUUGACCAUCGCAUCGCCGAAACACACCCAAAGAACGAAGAAGCCCAGGAGAGGUUCCAUGGCUACGUCGGUGCCAUCUAUUCUGGCGAUAUACAAGACAAAAAUCAGGCACGCUCCGCUCUGGGCGGCAUCUACCACUUCUGCAGCACCAUGGCCGCGGGCGUCGUGCGAGCCUUCAGAGGGGUUAUCGCAAACGUGACAAGGUUUUUCGACAAGAUCGUGGGGGGCAUCGGAGAAAUGUUUCCGAGACUUCUCGGCUCCAAGGAGGGCAUCAACUCCGGCAUCUAG